AUGCCCGUCAUUGGUACACAGUCGAACUCGCCAUCCCCAGAGCCAUCGCCAGGACCGUAUGUGCCGCAGUUCUAUCGCGAGCCGCUCGAGCGUCUCACUCGCGAGAUGCUCUACGAUCGCAUAUAUAUAGUCCUGCGGGAUACCUUGGCUAUCUGGUGGGCCGAGAAUCCGGACGCGAUGCAUCGUCUAGUCUACUAUCUGUCCGACUAUGUCAUUAACCUAGGUGUACACGGUAUCUUCGGUCCUAAUGGUAUACAGUCACUCUGGCAACUCUGCAUGUUCAUAGGGCAUGAGGGUAGACGUAGCUAUAUGUGUUUGGCCGUCCAUCCGGAACGCGGCCGCACUGGGGCCCCCACGAUCGUUCUCAAGGGCGACCUCUGCGAGAAGGAGGGGAAUGACCCAUUGGUAGACGAGGAGGUCUACGGAUUGGCCAAAGACGGGUUUGAGAAGGCCGCUCUGGGGUUGCAUGCAAUGAUCCUCGCCAAAUCUCCAAAGAUUUAG